AUGAGUGAUGCUUAUCCAAAAGUAUUAGCUUGCCUUUAUACCGAACAAGAACUUAUUCAACGUGUUCGAUUGUGGAUCGAUUUGAAAUGUCAAACUUAUUUUUAUACAUUGUGUAAUAAUAACAACUAUACUAAUCCAUUAUCUUCUUCAACAGCUCUUUUUCUUGUUAAUCAUAUUUUAUCGAAAUAUGUCGAAUUCGAAAUGUGCGAUGAAAAUAAACAAUCCAUGUUAAAACUCUGUCGAGCUCAUUACUCUCAAAGUCAAUUAGAAUUAAAAAAUAUCAAAGAAUUCGAAUUAACCUAUACGCCAUCAGACGCGAUCAUGUGGUAUACACGUGAUUCAUUUAUUUAUAAAAUGAUCAAUCGAGCAUUGCGAUCAUUUGAUGAACAUAAGUUGCAUGCGAUGGCUUUUUUCAUUCGAGAUUUACGACAACAACUCAAAUUGAAUUAUCGAAAUUUGACAUGGGCGAAUAGUCCAAUGGUUUAUCGUGGAAUCUGUCUGACAGAAAAAGAUAUGCAGCGCAUUCGUGAUAUUCCCAAAGGUUCAUUGAUUUCAACUAAUGGAUUUUUGUCAACCAGUCGAACAUGUGAUAUAGCUCUAGCUUAUGCUACGAAAAAAUAUGACAUAGUAAAAGAUUCGCUGUGUCAUAUACUAUUUGAAAUUGAUGUUAGUAUGGUUAUGGUUGAUUCGCCGGUUAUAUUUGCGGAUGUGUCCCAUGUGAGCCAGUUUCCAGAAGAAAAUGAAAUUCUCUUUGAUAUCGGUACUGUAUUUCAAAUAGAUAACGUUAAUUAUGAUGAUACGUCGGAUUUAUGGACUAUCCGAUUGACAACACCUACUCGACAAGCUUACGAAUCAAUUGAAACAUUAUUAACAUCGGUUCAACAACGAUUUGAGAAAACAAGCAAUGAUCGUGAUUACAUAGGACUCAUUCGAACAUUACUUAAUUAUGAUCAAACGAAAGAAACAAUGAAGAAACAAUAUGAACAUGAGCCUUGGAUUUCCUGGUUUCGAUCAGCCACUAAUUCUACACUAUCACAGCAUGAAGAUCGAGGCAAAAGCUUUUUUAGCGAAUGUGCCACACGAAUAGUCAAGCGUUUUGCUCAUCGUGUUCAUGUGGAGAAGAAUCGUCACUACAAGCCGAUACGUACCCAUUCAUCGAAUGCAUGCAAUAUUACUGGAGAUGAUGAGGAGAUUUGUUACGCACGAGAACCGAUUUUAUUCUUUCAUUUUGAAAUGACAAUGAUAAAACAUGAACGAGAUAUUUUUUCUACAGAAUUUCUUUUACAACAUCGUCGGUUUAUCACUGUUGAUCUUACAUUGACCGAAAUCGAUGGCAUUCUAAAUGAAUUUCACUCGAUUUUUUACAUUUCUCAUACAUUUCCCUCGUAUAUGCACAAUAAUCCACGUAUACGACACUAUUCUACCAAUUUAUUCGUGAAAACACAAGAUGAAAUGGAUUAUACAAAAAAAUCAAUCGAAAAAUUGACUAUGAAACUUCGUCACGAUCUUGCUAUUUUCUAUCGACAAGAAGCUGAACGUGCAUUGAACGAACAAGAUGAUCGUAUCAUUGCUAAACGAUUAUUCGCUAAAUCCGCUCAAUGCUAUGAACGAUUGGCGACUGAGACACAAAAAAAAGUAAAACAGGAUGUUGAUAAGAAAAAAUCUUAA